UGCAGCUCAGCGAGAAGCGGCGAGCAGACGGACCCUGAGAAGAGGUGGAGCCACGACGAGACUCAUAAAACCCAAAAGCUUUUUCCCUCAACUCACUGUCAAGGUGACGCGCUCCGCAGCUGACAGAUUAGCUCCGACCUCCGCGUCUUUCUCUCUCUCUCUCUCUCUUUCACGCACACACACACACACACACGCGCGCGCGCAUGCACAAAGCGACUGGGCAUGAACGCAACCGGGUUAACGGGAGCUUUUGGUCACAGGCUCGUUCUGGGCUCCAGAUUUCCUCUCCAGAAAUAACCACGUGUGGUCUGAAGUGACGCGUAAAAACCCGCAGAGGACGCACGGAGUCGCAGGGGGAAGACGGCUACCUGUGGGCCACUUGUUGAUUUAUGUUUUGCUUUUGCUCCGCAACCUGAGGAUAACUUGGUCUCUCCAUCUCCGGACUACAAGGGCGCUUGCAGAGGGAAUAUGACGGCUGGCCUGGGCCACUGAGGAGGCGGUCAUCGGCGUGCAGCACUCGAGGGUCUUGUUGAGGCGCCCCGCGCGCAGCCAUAUCAUGCAUCAUCAUUUGGACAUGGGGGCGCAUUACUAUCCGCCGGACGUCCACGCCGACCACAGAACUCACCGCUACAGGAGUUUCAUGAUAGAGGAAAUCCUGACGGACCACCCGGAGCACAAAGCGUCGGCUCCGGCCGGGGAGCUGCUCAAAUUCGGGGUGCACGCUCUGCUCUCCGCCCGGCCCUUUCACAACCAACUGGUGCUGAAAGCCGAGCAGACGAGCCUCCUCAAGUUCCCCCUGUCCCCGCUGUCCUGCUCGCUGGGCUCCGCGCUCGGCCCGCCGCUGCUGGCCGCGGCGCCGGGCCUGCAGGUCGGCGCCGCGGCCCACCACCUGCCGCUGGACCUGCACCUCCGCGGGAAGCUGGAGCACGGGCCCGACGGGCCCGGCAAGGCCAAGAAGGGCCGCCGGAGCCGCACCGUGUUCACCGAGCUGCAGCUCAUGGGCCUGGAGAAGCGCUUCGAGAAGCAGAAGUAUCUGUCCACGCCCGAUAGAAUAGACCUCGCUGAGUCUCUGGGCCUCAGCCAGCUGCAGGUGAAGACCUGGUACCAGAACAGGAGGAUGAAGUGGAAGAAAAUUGUGCUGCAGGGAGGAGGCCUGGAGUCGCCAACCAAACCUAAGGGCCGCCCGAAGAAGAACUCCAUCCCCAGCAGCGAGCAGCUCUCCGAGCAGGAGCGGUCCGUGGCUGAUGCCGAGCAUCAGUCUGAGGGCUCGAGCUCCCAGUUGGACAGCACCCAGGAGGAGUGAGCGGCGCCUCCGGGCCCUGCAGACACUCACACUUGACUCUAUAUGUGCGGAGCCUUUGCGACUCACACUAUGCAAAUUAUGGAUGGGACCGGACUUCGUGAUGGCAUGGAGGAGAUGUUUGCUGAUGCCCGUGCCACGCACCCCCAUGCAAACCAAAAGACAUUGCCGGCCCUGCCGCAUGGCACCACCUUCCAGCAGCCAUGUGUUUUUCCUCAUAGCUCUACCAUGAACCUGCUGCUGUUGAGGAGGGAGCUCAAACCGCUGCAGUAGGUCGACCCUUUUCUAUUCUAAGGAUCCACACUCACUCAUCUGUUUUGCAUUCCUUUUGUGUAACUGUGCUAUGUUUAAUUAUUAAAUAUAUUUUCACUAAUG